AUGGAGUUUCAAGCACUCGAUGUUCUGAAGAACUCCAGGAAUGGAUAUGUAAAGGUGAUGACGUUGAACAACAAGAUGUACCGUGGGAUACUUGAGAGUUUUGAUAUGCAUGUCAAUACUUAUUUGAAGGAGGGAUACAUCAAAACGGAGGGAUCUGAAGAAAUGUAUGUAGGAGAUGUGCUGAUCAAUGGAGUCACAAUAGCGUUUUUUGACAUUGUGCAAGACAAGAUGAAGUAA